UAUAAAUAAUAAGUAAGGCCUGGGUUUUGUGUCUGGUGGCAGCACCUGAGAGUGGUUGCAGAGAGGGGCAAGAAGCCCUUUCGUACUUCCUUGCCUAGGGGUUUGCAGGCUCUCCUGGGUGCUGCUUCAGGGAUGGGAAGCAGAAAUGAAAGAAAACCUGAGAAUUGGGGUGCCCCAAAUUCUGCCCCUGAUGAGAACCCUGUUUAGUGGCGAGAAGGUGUGGCCAUGGGGAGUGGGGACAUCUGGAGUCAAUAACCAGAUCUGUGACUGAAGUCUGUUGCAAUGUCUUCUAAAACUGGGGGCUUUGAGGCAGGCCAAAGUUCAGCAGAUGGAGCUUCCCGCAGUGUGGAGUCACAGGAAUGGAGUGGCACUUCACCUGUUGGAUUUCUGCCUGCCCUUCAGCUGCCAAAAGCACAAGGAUCCUGUUCAUAAGAGCAGCAGCAGCAGCAGCAGCAAUGCUGUCACUGCCAAAAUUCUGCGCUGUCUCCCCUAUCUUUUCUGACAUGCAUGCGCAGGCACACACACAUACACCACAUGUUCAACCCAGUUCCUUUUAACCGCACAUUAGCAUAAAAGCGACCAGUUCUUUUUGACUCAGCUGCUUUGCAGGGCAUCACAGAGUUCUGGUGUUCCUUUGCAUGGAUUUGGGCAGCCCCAGACACAGCUGGUGGAGACGCUUCAGCCAGAACAGCAGAAGGCAAAGACGGGCUGAAACAGGCACUCUGAGCAAGGACUGGCAAGGAUGAUCCGGCGAGAAAGCAAGAGGAAAUCGCGGGCAGAAGUCCCCAACCUGACAGAUAUCGGCACCAUGCCGGGUGCUGGCAAGAUCCGCCGGCGGAAGAGUCAACGCCGGAUGACCUGCCCCAGCCCUCGGGAAAUCAACCAAGCUUUGGCCUCCAUCAAGCUGGGAGAACUGACUCGAUCUUGCACCCUUGAUGACUUGAUCGAGAAAUGCCUUCGCUCUUUUGAUUUGGACGGGAACCUGUGCACCAGCAAAUUCAUGGUCAACAUGACGUUAACAGUCCACAGUUGGGUGGUACCUUCUGCGGAGCUGGCCAGGCGCCUCCUGACUUUAUACCAAGAAGCCUCCAAGGAGAGACGGCAGGAGCGCCAGCUGAAGAUCUGCUACUUUAUCCGGUAUUGGCUCCUCCAUUACCCCGAGGCCUUCCACCUGGACCUGCAUUUGGAGGAGGCCAUCGCGGAGAUCUGGGAGGCGGUGAGGAAAGAAGGGCAAGAAGCACAUUGCCAACUGCUGGACACCUCCAGCACAUCCACUCAUACGUGGAGCCGUUCGCUCAGCCAACAAAACAGCCCUGGCUGUGGCAAGAAGAGGAAAGUGUCGCUGCUCUUUGACCACCUUGACGCAGACGAGUUGGCCAACCACCUCAGCUACCUGGAAUUCAAGGCUUUCUGCCGUAUCUCGUACCUGGACUUCCAGAAUUACGUGCUGCAUGGGUCAGUGCGGGGCAGCCCAGCCCUGGAGCGCGCCAUCGCCCUGUGCAACAGCAUCUCCCAGUGGGUGCAGGUCAUGAUCCUCAACCGGCCCACGCCCCAGCAGCGAGCCGAGGUCUUCACCAAGUUUAUCCGCGUCACACAGAAGUUAAGACAACUGCAAAAUUUCAGCACGCUCAUGGCAAUCGUCGGGGGGCUGUGCCACAGUGCCAUUGCACGCCUGAAGGACACACACGCUCUCCUGCCCUCUGAGGUCACCAAGAUGUUGUCCGAGAUGACGGAGCUGCUCUCCUCUUCUGGAAAUUACGGGGCAUAUCGGCGGGCCUAUGCCGACUGCAGCGGCUUCAAGAUCCCUAUCGUGGGCGUCUAUCUCAAGGACUUGGUGACGCUGCAUGAAGCCCUGCCUGACCGUGUGGACGGCGGCCGACUCAACUUGAGUAAGCUGCAGAGCUUAUACGAGCCAGCGCAGGAGCUGAGGACGCUGCAGCAGGCCGAACCCCACUUCCAGUUCCACAAGGACCUGCUGCACCUGCUCACUCUCUCCCUUGACCUCUACUAUACGGACGAAGAAAUCUACACGCUCUCGUAUGCUCGGGAACCCCGCUGCCCCAAGUCGCUGCCACCCACGCAGUUCAAGUCCCCCGUGGUAGUGGAAUGGGCACCUGGGGUGGCCCCCAAGCCUGACCGUCUCACCGUCAGGAGGCAUGUCCAGCAAAUGAUUGAGUCUGUAUUCAAGAAUUAUGAUGUCGAGCAGCGGGGUUACAUCUCUCAGGAGGAUUUUGAGACCAUUUCCAUGAGUUUCCCCUUUUCCUUCUAUGAGGUGGAAAGAGAACGCAAGGGAGUCUGGAGCCGGGAAGAGCUCUUGGAAUACCUCAUGCGGGCCUGUGCCGUCUUCUCCAAGCUGGGCCUUGGGUUCCUUCACAACUUCCAUGAAGCCACCUUCAAGAAGCCAACCUUCUGUGACAGCUGCAACCGCUUUCUCUGGGGCGUCUCCAAGCAGGGAUACCGGUGUCGAGACUGUGGAAUGAUCUGUCACAAGCAAUGCAAGGACCAGGUGGAGGUGGAGUGCCAGAGGCGGUUCUACUCUUGCCCCUCGGACAGCAGCACCCCCCGUAGCUCCACACCCGCUCCCACCCCCCAACCCAGUUCUGGUUCAGAGGAAGAGGCUUUCCUUUUCCCGCCACGCCGAGAGCAGAGCAAAAGCCCCACCGCCGGGCUGGCAGGUUCCACGGGCAGCCAGCGGGUGAGACACGCCGGGACGCAGACGGAGCCUGUCGGCCCCAAGGCUGACAGGCACCAGAAGCAGCUCCUGGAGCAGCUGAAGGAGCUGGAGAAGGAACGGGACAUUCUGCUCGUGGAGAAUGCGAGUCUCCGGAGCCACAACACACAGCUGGAGGCAGAGAACCAGCAGCUCCGGGAGGCGGAGGCCAGCCGCAGCGAGCCUGCCGUCAUGCUCCUGCUGGAAGGGGUGAACCGGCUGCAGCUUCCGCGAGCCUCCAAGGCCUAGCUCAGAAGGCGUGGAAAGAGACUUGGGGGCUGGGCUGGGCUCCUCCAAGAGGUCCGCAGUUUGAAGAGAGGGUUACUUCAAGGAGAUGAAUAAAAAGGACUAAUUUAUUGAA